AGAUAAACAAACAUUUGAAAAGGCCAUAUUUUGAUCCAAUUCAGGCCAACUUCAUCGUAAAUGUAUCAAUGUUUUUAAGUGAUUAGUCAGAUAAUUGCUAGGAUUAGCAUAUAAAAAUACCUUGAAAAGUCGUACGGUUAUGAAAAUUUGCAAAAUGGAUAGCAACAUCAGUUUGAAAGAUGGUUUUCCUGUAGAUGCUCAAAUUCCUUCGAAUUCCAAUCCUUCGGAUGAAGAUGAACAAGAAAUACCAAACAUCAGCGAGUGUCACCCGAUUGAGGAAUCAGUAAAUGACCCGAUACCAUUGGAAAUAGUUAUCAAGGAAGAAGUUCCUGAUCAACAGGAAUCGAUUAACGUAUGGCACUCUUUAGACAUAAAAGAAGACGAUAUGUCAUCGAUUUCAGAAAAGCAAGACAUUGGGGAGCACGACAUCCAAAAGCCUUCCACAAAAAGCAAACAGGAGAAGUCACUGCAAACCAAACAGUGUUUGUUCUGCUCCCAGGAUGCCUCCGACAAACAGCAAGAAGUCGAUUGGAACAAUUCGGAUUCUUUCCGGGAAAUGGUUAACUUCGUUCUAGCCACAUCCCUCAAACAACCGAAGCUAGUUAGUUGUAAUAGUUGUAUCCAAAUGUUCGAAAUGUUUUACAACUUCAAAAAGUCUUGUCUGAUGACCUUGAAACGGUCUACAGAAUUAAUUGAUAGAAGAAGUCGUAAGAGAAAAAACUCUCAGCCGGAAACAACUUCAGCGAAUCUCAACGAAAUAUCUCAACAUUUAACUAAGACGAUCAUUGCUUCGAGCGAAUCUAAACAGCUGAAUGAAACGGAAAACUGCCUUAAGGAACCCUGUGAAAACAGUGAAUCGGAACCGGACACAUCGACAUCGACGGUGCGGAGAAAACGUUCGGCCAAGACGGCGACCACCUUCUAUUGUGAGCUUUGUCCGGAAACGUUUCGUUCGGCAGUCAAACUCGAAUAUCAUGUUAAUGUUCAUAAAGGUGUAAAGGAAUUCAAAUGUCGGGUGGGCUGUGAGAGAACGUACUACGGUCAAGCUGAUCGGACCCGACACGAGUGGGCUUGCAAGAAGCCGGUGGCCAAGCUGAUGUGCGAUAUCUGUGGCGUCAUCCUAAGUGGGUACGGAUCCUACUGGAUGCACAUGGAACGGCACAAGGGCAACGAGUACCAGUGCGAAAAGUGCCAUAUGAAGUUCAAAUUGAAGAAACAGCUGAUAAGACACGCCCUAGCACACUCGGACGAACGUAAAUACGAAUGCCAGGUUUGUCACAAAAAGUUCAAAUCCAGUUAUGCGAACCGGGUGCACCAGCGAAUUCACACAAACGAAAAACCCUACCAAUGUAAGCUGUGCGGGGAACGGUUUACCUAUCACGGGGUUUUGAAGGCCCACAUGGAACGUGGCCAUGUGUAAUUAGAAGCUAAUUUCCGCUUAUUCCAAAUCGCAAAAUAAAAUUUUGUGAUGCUUCCUG